AUGGCCGCCCACCCCCCCGCCGAGCAGCUGUCCUUCGCCAGCGCCACCCAGGCAUCCCUCGAGCGCUGGAAACUCGACCUCGCCAGCCUGCUCAGCCACGCCGCCAAGCGCUUCGCAGACAUCGCCUGGGCCAUCCACCCCGGCGCAGAAGAACUCAUCUGCGCACACAAAGCCAUCAUCUACGCCCGCGCCAGCGGCCAGUUCCAGCUCAAGUAUCUCGCCGCAACCGCCCCCUCGCCCCACUCCCGUCUGCCCGGCCUGCCCUCAUCCUCCUCCGUCUUCCUCAACGCCUCCCUCCGCUCACCAACCCCGCAGUCCAUCCGGCCCCCCUCGCCCAGCCUCGCCAGCCUCGCCUCGAUCGCCGGCUCCACCAGGCAGCUCGCCCUCCUCAACGGCACCGACCCCUCCCUCUUCCAGUCCAUCUUGGAGGCCCUCUACACCGCUAACGGGCUCUCCGAGGUCUUCGCCUUCCUCUUCGACGACCAUGCCGCCGCCGACAGCCCCGAGGCACGCACCGACAAACUCAGAAAAGAUUUGCUCUACAUGUGGCGCUCGAAACUCUAUGCCGACUGCCAGAUCAUCCUCAUCAACCAGCAAGACCUCGACAAUCCAACCGAAAACAGCACCUACGAGCAAGAGGCCGUCUUCAGUGCCCACCGCUCCAUCCUCUGCAGCCGCUCGCCCUACUUCGCAUCCCUGCUCCUCGACCCCUAUGCCGACUCAAACAACCGUCUCUUCACCCUCGCCUCCCCCCCCUUCACCCCCGCCUCCCUCCACUUCUCCCUAGGCUAUCUCUACUGCGGCACCCUAGACUUCUCCAACCGGAACUUCGACCUCUCAACCGCCAUGCAGAUCUGGCGCAGCGCCCAGUACCUCGGCCUCGACCUCCUCCGCGAAGAGGUCGAAGCCAAGAUCUCAGACAUGUGUCACAACUUCAGAGACACCUGCAAGUCGUGCAUCAGCCGGAUCGGCCGCGUCUAUGCAUUCGCACUGGCGCUCGACGUCGCCAGCAAGCGCCUCGAGAAGGCUGCCGAGCCCUUCGUCGUCCUCCAGUUUGGCGCCCUCUGGAACAAGGCCAUCGGAGAGCUCCACUACGAGGCUCAGACCCACCUCGUCGAUCUCGUCUGCUUCAGCAUCGACCCCAACACCGUCAUCGGCGCCAUCCAAGGCUCGAAACGUCUCAAGGACCGGCUGGCCAACGAGCGCUCCGAUUGGGCCGAUCAUCUGCUGGCCAUGCUCGAACCCGUCGACGAACAGAUCGGCGUCGUCUUGCAGCAGAAGUUCCCGGCCGUCGUGACCUCCAAAGGCUUCCUCGACCUGCUCGUCGGCGUCGGCUUCUCCAACGACGUCCUCGAGAAGGCGCUCGUCCUCAUGGUCCAAAAGCUUACCGACGAAAACGCUGCCGAAACCUACCAGGUCCUGGUGGGCCAGGUCCUGCUGAGAGAAGACGGCUUGCCGAUGGACGCACGGGUCAUCGUAGAAGAUGCCAAAGCCAGCGUGCUCAAAUAUAUCAAGUCCCACUGGACCACCGUACGCGCUCUCAAUGGAUUCGACCCCUUGGAGAAUUGGGCGCUGAAAGAGAUUUCAGAUGAAAUCGAGAUUCCUCUGGACGACCUUCUCCUCUCAACACCCGCGCCGAGACCUCGGACCAAAACGGGGUUGCAAGCGGCCACCUCUGUCUCCAAGCCCAACGUCCGCGAAGAGGUGACGAGUGUCAGCGCGGCCUCACUGCGCGCAUCGGUGCUUAGUCGAAACGCUUCGCGGAACCAGCCUCUGCGUGCUCAACAACAGUCUCCAGUUUCUAGCCCCAAGGAACGUCUCAUCACAAAAAUCGUCACCAACGUCAAUGCAAACGGGCCUCGCACCCCCCGAUCAUCCGAAAACUCUGCACUUCAUUCAAUCACCUCGCCCCGCCUCAAAACUCAAACAACCCACCUCUCAAGACCAACCCCUCCCACCACGACCUCUAACGCUCUGCGACCCGCUGAAAAUAGAGUAUCCCCGCCAGCUACAGUCCCACUCAAGCAGAGAAGACCAUCCGCAAAGACAGCGUCCAGCUCGACUACUUCGAUCAAAAGCCUCACAUCACCCAAAUCCGAUGGAGCCCAGUCCCCCAAAACGGAUGCCGACCAGAAAUCCCCCAAGGCUAGCACCAGCAAGCCGACUGACUCAACCCUGCCUAGCUCUCAUACAUCCGUCACUCCCAGACGCACUCGUAUCUCACGCCCACCUAGUCCCGCCCCGAGUGCGAGUUCUGCAGUCUCGAGAGUCACGAGAUCCCGAACCGGGUCCAACGCUCCCAAGGCCCGGCGCCCCACCGAUCCCAAAAAGCCCUCCGCAGAUCUGAUGGGCAGCAAGCCACCGAGGGCGCGGACGACGACGGCAGGCUCGAUAGCUUCCACGCGCUCGGUCGCUGCUGGCUCGGCAUCGUCGAUGGUCCAGCGCAAGAGCGUUGCGAACCAGAAGCCGCCGGUUGUGCGCAAGAUCCCGUCGAGCAUCUCGAUGCGCUCCGACACGUCGACUGCCACCAUCGGCCCGACCACGCCCACCGUCAAGAAGACCCCCCACACCCCGGCCACCCUCGCCUUCCCCUCCAAGCCCGACCGGCUUCGGACGACCAGCGCCACCGCACGCACCGGCGCAGCCGCCGCGGUGCCCACGACGACGCCCCAUGCAGGCUCCAAACGGCCGAGCUCGGUGACCUCUGUGCGGACGACGGUGUCGGCUAAGGCGGCCGGCCCAGCCUCGGGCCUGGUGUCUCCCACCAGAUCUACUACCCCAGGCACGUCGACCAAGAGCUCGCUGAAGCUGAAAGCGCGCCUCCCGGACAGCUCGGGGAUCCUGUCGCCCCGCGCGGGCCCAAGGACGAAGAAGCUCCCGAGCCUGACCACCCGCAGUUGCGAGCCCACGGAGACGCUGGCCGACUUGACCGUCUCCUCCGAGCUCAGCGAUGCGCCCUCGCACCAGUCCAAAGGCUCCUCGCUCUCCAACUCCACCAUCAGGAUCCCCGCCAGUCAGGUCCCCCCUCCGGCCGACAGUCCGGCUGGACAGCAGCAGCCCCCGAGCACGAUCAUCGUGACGCCGUCGUCGACGAUGUCGAUCAGCAUGAUGAUGGGAGGAGGAGGCCCGAGUGGAGGAAGCGAGGUGCCGACGAAGCCGCCGGGCACGGUGCUCCUGAUAGGCAUCCCAUGUGUGGUCGCGACGACGACGACGGGGGCGGACGGGCUGCCCCAAGCGGUGAAGUUCCGGGCGGUGGCCUGGAACGACGGCACGGUCGCCGGCGUCCGCUACUUCGAGCUCGGCCAGGAGUCCAAGGAGUCCAAGCUGCGUCUGUUCCGCAACCUUUCGGCGACCCCUUCCGGCUCCGGCCCCCUCAACUCCCUCCGCCCCUCCUUCGUCUCCAAGUCCUCCUCCAGCCGCUCCCAUUUCUCCGCCGCCUGCGACGACGAACGGCCCACCAGAGGCUUGUUCGUCCGCCCCCAAGAAGUCAUCUUCGUCUUUUAA